UCUCGAUACAUGGUUGAAGAUCUAUCUGCAUAUGCUUUUAAAAUAAAGUUAAGUUAUUUGAGAAAUUUUUAUCUCCAGGACUAACUCAUGUCAUCUAUUAUUUUGUCCUACAGAGACUUAACUGAUUACUUGCAGUUGUUGUUUAACUUCGUGUUUGCUAUAGUGCUUACUUAUAUGAAAUUAUUUAAAUAACAGUAAUGACAAAUGUUCAAGCUGAAGGUGUUAUUACCAGGAUAAUUAAACAAAUAGCUCAACAAUGUGUUUUAAGAGGACAUGACGUCUCUGAGACCCUCGUGGCAUUUAUCGUUAAAGCGGUUGUUCUUGAUCCUGCUUCGGGAUUUCUACCCGAUAAACCACUGGACAAUGAGGAUAUUAAAAAACUGAUUGAACUAUGUGUUAACAGAAUAACUGAUCAAGGGUCACCAUCAAUUGAUACAAUAAAAAUGCAGGUUUUCUUCGAAGUAAAUCAUCUUAAAAAAGAUGAAUUCCUAACCGAGCAUCAUCGUGUGCUGGAAAAGCGUUUGGAACCUGUAUUACGCGAAGCUAUAGAGAGUCGGGCGAAAUUACGGGAAGAACUGGAAGCUACUUAUCAAAAUAUUAUAUCAGCUAUAUUAUUAAGGUCAGGUCUUGGAUCUCCAACAAAUAUGGAAGUUAUCAGAGAAGCUACAGCUGCACUUCAAAGUAUAUUUCCGCAGACAGAUAUUGCAAGCUUUUUGUCAGCCAAUGCUAAUCAAAAAAGGAAACAACUGUAUGAAUUUACUGGUCUGGUCACUGGUAUACGUCUGUAUAACAAAGACUGUAAUAAAGGAGGAGCUGGAAUUGAUGAUCUUCCCCAUUUAUUGAGUGAAGGAGUGCCUAUUACAUUAGAAACAAUUAAUGAGGAAAUUAAAAAAUCAGAUGAACUUGCUGCUAUUUACACAAGUCUUUUCUUGAAACUAUCUACUGUUGACUCAACUACUGAUGUUAAAGCUUUAAUAAAGUCUGCUAAGGAAAUGGAUAUUACACCGGAAAACUUGAGAGCUUCUGUAGUCAACGCUAGACAAUACGGGAAAUUUCUAAGAAUUAUUGAAUGCGAGCUUAAUCAAAUGUUGGAAGAAAUAGAGAAAAUAAUUGAAAGCUUUAAAAAUUGUAUGAAAAAAUUGCAUAAUCUAAUAAGUGAUCGUCCAGCCGUUCCAAGUAACGAAGUCUAUCCUGGAUUUCUACAACUUGCCAAUUAUUGGACAAGUUUACAAGAUGAAAUGGUUUACUUAUCUGUAUUAACCAGUACUUUAAACACCUUACAAACAUAUUUUGUUGGACGUCAUUUGAAAUGGACCAAAGAACAAAUGUAUAAUUUUAUCUCAGAUAAGGAAGUUAUAUUCGACGAAGAUCGUAAGCAUCAUGAGCCAUUAAGUGAAGAGUACUGUGGGGGAAAUCAGUGUGUAUUCCCGCAUUCUUCAUCAGACGAGAUGAAUCUUAAUAUUGAGUGCGAAGGAUUUUGCAUCUGGUCAUUGGUACGUUAUCAAGGUCUACUAGUACCAGCUGAUACUCAUAUGGGAGUUUUACUCUUACCUCCAGAUAAUAAAAUGUAUACAUUUAGCACACCGGAAGCAGCAAAAGAAUUUGUGAUGGAAAGUGAUAAGUUUUUGAAGGCUAUACCAGAAGUUAUACGACGUUUACCUGAACUAAUCCCAAUUUUAAAACUCAAUUACCUUUUUUCGAAAGGAAUUUCUUAUACGAAUAGUCAAUUUCAUGAGAAUACAAGUCCUAAGGUCGACUGCGGUGUUCAAACAGUACUGCACCCAAUAGAAACGUAUAUUAAUAAAAACUAUCAUUGGAAUGAGUGGGAACUGAGGAAAAAUGCUUUAAAGUUGGUAAGUAACCAUGGGUCUGAGUAUUUUAUCGAAGAAUUUAGCAUAAUGCCUUAUAAAAUUGUUGUAUUUGCACAAAAUAAUGAUUCCUUUGUACUCAAUCGCCUGCUGAUUACGAAUUCCAAAUGCAAUACGUUCAUUUGUGCUCAUAUAGUUCUAUCUCCGUUAAAUUGCACUAUUUCUGGAAUUAUUAGCUAGCACAUUGAUUCGGAUACUUCUAAUUAUCAUAACAAUGCACGCAAAUUCUUGAUCUAUGGAAGUAAGGUAGCAAAAAUAUUGCAUAGUGACGGCCGCGAGUUAAACAAACAGAAUCAAGAUAGUGCUUAUGUAUUUUGUGCAGUUUGAAGUGGAAUGACAGACAAUUUUUACGUUAAUGUCAAUUAGGUGAAAAUUGGCAAUAAUUGAUUCUUAAUAUGCUUGGAAUCAAUAAAAAAUCUAUUGUGCAACCGUAAAGUGAAUCUUAGGUGACCCUUAAGCUGAAUUACAAAGCACACCUGCCUCUAGGGUAGGUUGAGCGUCGAGGUACUUUAUAUGAUUCAAUGUGUAGUCAAGAGUUUUUUGUGAAGCUAAUGAAUAUUCUUUCUUUCUAAAUUCUUCUUUAAAUAUCAACCCUUAGUUUCAUAAGUUUGUAAAGAAAAGGGUGGCAGGACAUUGCAUUAUAGGUGGUCAGUUCGUGAUGAAAACCUUAACUCUAAAUUGUAACCGUAAUUAAACUCAUAAUACCUAACCGUUUUGCAGUAGAGCUUAUGUCAGUUGGUGACGAGAACACGAUGAGUUCACUAACCGACCUCAUAACACUAGUCUGCCUUAUAAUAUGUAAACUCAAACAUUUUCCGCCAUUAUAAGGAAUAAUCCAACAUAUAAGAGUUAAUUAUUCGUACCAAAGUAAUCAUUCUAGUGUUAAUCGUUCUAUAGUUAAACACUGCCUCCUGAUUGGCUGAUAAGUCGCUCAAGGUCGUCAGUGUAAUAUACUUUUACCAGUAAGAUUGUAUUUGUAUUCUUUCGCAAGAUCAGUAAAUUACCACUACUCUUCAUCAUUUGCUCAUCGUUAGACAAUUACUCUUACGUACUUUUGUAAUUCGUUUAACUGCCACUGACCGAAGUUUUCCAGGUAGUAGUUUUUGUUUCAACUUAACAGUUAUCGGCAUAUAUUUAUAGAAAUAGUUGGCUUGUAAGUAAUCAUAAUAGAUUCGUCUUACUUACAGUUUCGAGAUUCACAUUAUACACUACAUAUUUUAUACAGCACCAUCGCAUUUAAUAUCUAUAGUUCUCAGGAAUACUCGUUAGGGAAGUUAUUAAUAAAUACUCCAAACUCAGGGUCUGACUAUUUUGAAAGUAUUUUAAGAAGAAACCUACUUGGCUUCUAUUCUCUUAUGAAUUUUGAGGCAAUACAACUAUCAUUUUGCCUUUCUAGUAGUUGCUAUAUGAAUAUAUACAUUGCAAAUGUAAAUAGGGGAUGCUUACUCAUCAAAUUAAACUUUUCAAGAUUCUAAAUCUUAACAACUUUUUAAUUCGCUUACCUUUUCAGAAAAUGUGUUAUUAAAAGAUCAUUGAUGUUAUGAAGGUAAACUAUUCGUUAAAAUAUAAACUCAGGUUUUAUGUAACUUCUUCUAAAAUAGUAACAAUCUUACCUAAAUUGUAUUAAAUUUUUUGGCUGGAUAUAGAGAAAUACCAGUAUAGUAAUUGGUUUUAGUAAUGUUAUGUUCUCUGCAUACUUUGGAAUUACCCUUCAGUUGUCAGCUUAUUUUAUUUUCUUUAUAACAAGUAGGUAAACUUAAGAAAAAAGGCCACAGCUUCUGUUCAAACAAUUUUAAGCAAUUGGAGAAGAGACAAUGCAACUCAAGUUUAUCCAAUGAAAGAAACUAGUACAGCAACCAAAGAGGAUGGUUAUACACAAGUACCGAGACCAAGCGUAUUUAUACAUGGAUUACGUGGUUGUGGUGCUAUUGAUUCAGCCCCGAAUGCAACUAACGUAGUGAAUAACCAAGCAAAUUGGACAACAUUAUAUCGUGAAACAACCGCCACAACAAUUGAUUUAACUAUACCUGUAGAACAACAGUUAUUGGGGAAUUUACAGAAAGUAACAACUGGUCACAACAUAUGAUUUAAGGGCAGUAGAAAGAUUGAUAGCAACGAUGAAUUUAUUCAGAAUUCAUGCAUUCUUGAGCUGAAAUGUGACAGAUUACUUGCAAAUGGAUGUCAUAUUUAAUAAAAAUACAACUGUGCGCAUUUCUUUCGUUCGAUGGAAUGUUUUAAAAAAAUAAUUAGCGGUCAGUAUUGAUAUCCCACUGCUGAUUCUUAUGAAGCUUUUUUCUUAAAUGUGUUAAACAAUUUGAUCGCGGUUAUAGUUGAUAGGGUACUGUUUAACUUAUUACCAAAAAUGUAGUUUAUCUUACCCGCGUAGAUUGAGACAAAAGAUAGCUUAUUUCUGUAUCGAAUAUAGUAAACACAAUCGAAUGCUUGAAGGAAGUUUAAGGAAUCAUGAGCCAUACCAGUCCAGCAAUGUUCGGGAUGCCAUUCUCCGCCUCGAAAUACAAAAUGUUACUUCAGGAUUGGGUUG